AUUUCUUGAUCAUAAACCCUCCCUUUUCUUUCUUGAAACACGAUUGAAAUCGACUUUCUCACCUCAUCGCCUCUGCAAAUCGGGGAAGACGUAGAGCAGCCGAGAGUACAAGAGGACGAGGGAAACGCCGGUCCCGCCGGAACCUUGCUGAGAUAGUUCUCUAUUGGUCUCCGGAAUGUUAGAGAUGAUUAAAGUGCUGAAAGUUAGAUGAUUUACGCGAUCUUGAUGUUGUAAUUCAAAUUCUGUAACAAUAAAAAAUAUCGGGUUUCUUCCCGCUAACUAGUGGAAUUGAGUUUGAACUCUUCUUGUUCCGUGGAAGGAUUUCUAUUAGCUUCCAUGGAAUGAUUUUAGGUAGGUGAUGGCGAUUGCUAUGUAUCCUGUUAGCUAGAGAAAACUCCAGAUUAAUUGGAAGAUAUCACAGGGGACACAAAUGGCAACUAUGAUGUCCAGUGAUCUGAUGCAUUCUAGAAUGCAUGAAGGUGGACCCCACAAACAGUGUGAUAAUAAGGUGGAGGAAAAUGGUGGUCGCUGGUAUUUUUCUAGGAAAGAAAUAGAAGAAAACUCACCAUCAAGAUCAGAUGGAAUUGAUUUGAAGAAGGAGACUUAUCUUCGCAAAUCUUAUUGCACAUUUCUGCAGGAUUUGGGUAUGAGGCUUCAAGUGCCCCAAGUAACUAUUGCCACAGCCAUUAUCUUUUGUCAUCGUUUCUUCCUUCACCAGUCUCAUGCGAAGAAUGACAGGAGGACAAUUGCAACAGUCUGCAUGUUUCUUGCAGGAAAAGUUGAAGAAACUCCUCAUCCUCUAAGAGAUGUUAUCCUUGUCUCCUAUGAAAUCAAUCACAAAAAAGACCCUGAAGCACUUCAAAGAAUCAAACAAAAGGAGGUGUAUGAAGAAGAAAAGGAAAUAAUAUUAAUAGGAGAACGUGUAGUUCUUGCAACACUUGCUUUUGACUUCAAUGUGCAUCAUCCAUAUAAGCCACUUGUGGAGGCAAUAAAGAAGUUUAAAGUUUCCCAACAGGCCCUUGCACAGGUGGCAUGGAAUUUUGUCAAUGAUGGGCUUAGGACAUCCCUGUGCUUGCAAUUUAAGCCCCACCACAUUGCAGCAGGGGCUAUUUUUCUUGCUGCUAAGUUUCUUAAAGUCAAAUUGCCUUCAGAUGGUGAUAAGGUUUGGUGGCAGGAGUUCAAUGUUACUCCACGUCAGCUUGAAGAAGUAAGUAACCAAAUGCUAGAACUAUACGAACAAAAUCGGGUCCCACCUUCCCAAACUAGUGAAGUCCUUGACGGAAGUACAGGUGGCGGUGGUGGUGGUGGAGUUACUCCAAAUGCACAUGAAGAACACAACACAAAUGACAGCAACUCUCAUGUGGGCCCCACCACCACUUCCAAAACCGAUCAUCCAAGAACAUCCUUGAAUCAAAGCAAUGACGAUGGAAGUACCGAUCAUAAUAAAGACAUCGAUUCCGAUGUCGAAAACGACGAUCGGAAUCACGAAUCCGAUCAAAACCCGGAAUGUAGAUUCCGGUCGCCUAAGGAAGCGGGGAAAAAGAUCGAUAAAGAUAAAGUCAGGGCGGCUUUUGAGAAACGAAGGAAAGAACGCGGCGGUGAUGUGAAUCGGAGGGCGGAAUCCAUGGAUGAUGAUGAUUUGAUCGAGAGGGAAUUGGAAGAUGGAAUAGAAUUGGAUGGGGAAUCUAAGACAAAGAAACGGAAUCGGAAUUGGUGUGAUGAGGUUGAGGAUUUUGAGGCGGUGGAGGAAGGGGAGGUGGGGGUGUUGGAUGAUGAUGAUGGUGGUGAUAGGCGGCAUAGGGUGCCGGAGAGUGGCCGGAAAAGAAAGGGCGGUGGGAGUGGGACCCCACCACCGGACAAACGGAGAAGAAACUAGAAGGGUGUUUAGGUAAAGGUAAUUAUGUUUAUGUUUAUUUGGUUUUUUUGUUUGUUUGUAUUUAAAUUAGAAUGUGGUAUUUAUAAGUUUUGGUUUUGUGUAUGGUUUUUUUGGUAAUGGGGAAUGGUAUCUUUUAAUUAUGAAAUAUAAUUUAUAUCUUCCCGUUUCAUCAUCUCAUAGUCAUAAUAGUAAAGGUUGUUCAUAUUGGUACCUUAUGGUGAUGUAUGCAUUUGUAUCAUUGUUUGCAUUUAUCUGAAAGAUUCAAAGAUUUGAG